AAGAUAGCAUAAACAGCGAAGACCUCGCGGUUUUCGGCGAGAUUAAGGAAGCUUGCAAUGUGACAGAGAUACGUGAGAACUGCGACAAAAUUGCCAUGACUGCCACACGCUAUCUGUACAAUGACCCUGCCAGGCAUUAUGUAUACGGUUUGACUCUGCAAGGGGAAGACUUACGGCUCUGGUACUUUUCCCGGUCGCAUUGUGCCAAAUCCACUCCCAUCUGUUGGACUAGACAUCCUCACUUAUUCAUUAAGGUUCUCACAUCAUUCAUAUUUGCGAACAUGAAAGACCUAGGAUAUGAUCCAUCUCUUUGGCGAAUCGACGAUGGGCAGUUCGUUUACAAAGUUGGCGGCAAGUUUUUCAAAACUGAAGCCAUUCUCAAACAUCAUCCAUCGCUACGCAUCCCUGGGCGAGCUACUCGGAUAUGGAGGGUGAUUGAGGUCGAGCAAGCAGGGGAUGAGGAGCAUCCUCGUUUCGAGCGUUUGGACGGUGUUCCAAAGGUGCUGAAGGAUUGCUGGAUUAACGAGGACGCAAAGACAGAGCGCGAGAUUCAACGCGAUAUUUUCAACAGGCUCAAAGGUCUGAAGGAGUAUAGGCUCCACUCAGAGGAAGUCCAACAAGAUGUUUCUGAAAACCCCGGGUACUUGAAAGAAGAUAACGCUAACUUGGAGAAGUUGCUGGCGACGGCUCAAGAAAUAUCAUUAUCUGGAGUUAACUUUGAUUUUCGCGAGUGGUUCGAAAAUCUACUAGGCGAUUAUACUAGCUAUUUCUUGACGAUUGACAGUCCCGCCCUUCCAUUUGACUUGGCUACUGACGAUGGGACACCCGAGACCACUUUCAAGGAGCAUAGAUCCCCCCCUCAUCACGGCCGCAUUCAACUUUAUGACGCGCUGCCAAAUGGUGCGAGCGAUAGAAGUUUCACGCCGAAGAAACAAUGCCGCCUCGUUUUCAAGGAGGUCUGCCACUCAUUCUCUGAAGAAAGGGACUUCAAACACAUCGUCCAAGCCAGCUUCGACUGCGUUGGCGCUAUGGUACUGAUGUACUCAGUGGGGUGGAUUCACCGUGAUAUCAGUGUCGGGAACCUGCUAAUAUAUCAGCGCCCAACAACAAACGAAGUCGGCGGCAUCCUUGCAGAUCUCGAGUAUGCGAAGCACAAAGAGGACGUCAGCCUCUCUAAGGAUCCGAAAACGGGCACGCCUUACUUCAUGGCCGCAGAGGUGGCGACUCAGUCCUUCUUCCAUCAACAGGGGUAUCAAACUAGUGCCACCGAUAUCUUUUCCGACAUAUACAGUCGACACGAUCAAGGGCUUGGUCAGGCGAGGCCCUUUCGCCAUCACGCCGUACAUGACAUCGAGUCUAUGUUUUGGGUCUUUUCUGGUUUUUGACACACGACCUUCCGGAUUCCAAGGAGGAUAUCCCGUCACUAGAUCGCUUUAGGAUUGAGCUCCGCGAGGUCUUCAACGUGACGAACCCAACCCUACAGCGUGUUAAUAUCAUCAUCAUGCCCGGGAAGCUGAAGGAAUGGGCAGAAAAGGUACACCCUGGGUUCCGAAGCUUCGUGUCCUCCAUUGGGUCCGUGGCUUCCAUUCUUCGCAUGGCUUACGAGGCAGCCACGGAACCAGACGGCCAUGCGGUCGGACGAUGUCUUAAGGUUCUCCUUACGUGGAUGUGCAUAGCUAGUAAAGACUUAAAGACAUUAUCCACGACUCGGAUAUCUCGCGUCCACGAUCUCCAGGCAGGUCAGGAACGUGCGACAGCCGCGACGGGUCCCCAAGGCUCUCCAUCGUCGGGUAAUGGGUCCAACGGCAAACACUCACUUGAGCAGUCAGCCAGCAAUCAGGUUGCCAGUAACACACACCACGUUCAAAGCGACGGGUCGCUGUCUCAAGGCCCAGCGAAGAAGGCGAAGACACAGUCGACUAGUUGCAGCUGAAAAGACCUCACCUACCCAUAUUUCCCGUAUUUUCUGUAUUUCUGUAUUGUUCCUGACCUUGGCCCUAUCGCACCACACCUCAUGCUGUACUAUAACCUCCUUGUCGUUUGUACAUACUCGUAGCACUAUGGACAGAGCGCUCCACAUCUGUAUAUAUAACCG